CUCUCUCUCUCUCUCUUUCUCUCUCUCUCUCUCGUUCUCUUUCAACAUGGAAUUUGAAAAGCAUGGAAAAGGAAGCUUAUUAAGUAAGAAUUUAGAGGAGAAACGGACGGUCUCUUCUGGUGAUUCUGAAGCCAAACCUCUGAUCUUCACAUUUGUCCCCACUGUCAGAAGACUACCAACCCACUCUCAGUUGGCUGACACCUCUAAAUUCCUUGUUAAAAUUCCUGAGGAAUCAAGUGAUAAGAAUCCAGAAACUGUAAAUAGGCCUAAUUUCAAUGAGUACUUGACCUUGAAUACUAGAAGCCAACAGGAGAGAGACCGAGAAACAUUGGCUUAUCCUUCAGGGGUCAGUGGAAAUAUUUUACAAGGAAGGGGAUUUAAAGCAAACAAACCUCAAGGAAUGCAGCAAAGUGACCUCUUCAAAGCUGAAUAUGUCUUUAUUGUGGACUCUGAAGGGGAAGAGGAAGCUACAAGCAGAAAAGGUGAACAAAACCCCCCAGGGGGAAUGGGAACCACAGCUACUCGGCCCAAGUCUCUCGCAAUCUCCUCCAGUCUGGUCUCUGAUGUGGUGCGUCCCAAAACACGGGGGGCAAACCUCCAGGCCCCAUCAUAUCCUGAAAUGCCUCAUGGGAUGGCUCCUCAGCAAAAGCAUGGGCAGUUAACUUCUCCUUCCACUACCUCUGAGCAGCUUGCCUGUAAACCACCUGCUUUCUCCUUUGUUUCUCCAACUAAUCAGAAAACACCGCCCGACCCAGUUAACCUCGACGGAGCCUCUGUCCUAGAGGAGUUCCACACUAGGAGGCUGGAUGUCAGUGGGGCUUUGGUGGAAGAAAGAGCUACGUAUUUUCAAACUUCUGCUCACUCUUCACCCUUUUCUGCACCGAAGGGCACCUUCUCGACAUUGCAGUUUCCCCAUUCCACUCAGUCCCCAGGUUCUAAGUUAUCCAGUCCCAGUGCAGCAGAUCAAAAACCUGGACUGACAUCUGAACUUCUGAAGAAUACGACAUCGUUAACCUCGCCUGUCCUUAACCCCGGAGAAAGUCUGAGAACCUCUUCUCCUUCACGAUCCUUCAGUGCUUCUCUGAAGUCGAAUCCAGCCUCGUACAUACCAGUCCGUAUUGUCAUGCAUUCACUUUCUCCAAGUCCAAAACCAUUUACCUCCUCUUUCCAGGGCUCUUCUUCCACGAUCUGUAGCCAAGCGUCAUCUAGUGGGAAUCUCUCCAAGUCAGGGGUGAAAUCCGCAGUGCCCUCCCGACUUUCCUUUCUCACUGCUCUCCUCAAGUCCGACCCUUCUCACCAAAGACCCUUUUCCCCUGCAUCCUGUCCCACUUUCUCUCUCAACUCCCUGGCUUCUUCCACACUUACACUGGAUCAAAAAGUAAAAGAAACCUCACCCACACCUAAAAAAUCUCUCUCAAGUUGCUCCCUGAGAGCCGGGUCUCCAGAACAAAGGCAACAACACCAGGUUUCUGACCACAGCCGGCAAUCCUUUCACUUACCUUUUUUCACCCAAUCUGCUCCCCUUUCCCAGGCGCCCUCCCCUUCUCCCACAGAACAUGUCAGUAGCAGCCUUGUUUCUUUGAAUGUAGAGAAAACACCAUCACCCACUUCUUUGAAGAGCUAUCCAACGCUCUCCCAGCUACAAACAAAUACAUCGAGUCCUGCAAGGCGUCCUCCCAUCCCACCAAGCUUUUCUUCUUUUUCUUGGAAGGGCAAAAGGGAUGCUGAUCUCAGGGGUCCUGAAAAGCCCCAGAGUAUUUACACGUAUCCAUCUACAUCAGCCUCCUCUCCAUUAUCUUCUGCAUUUCCCACUAACCACAGAGCCACACUCUCCUCUCCAGAGAAAUGUUUCUGUCCUUCCCCGGCUCUUUCAACCCUGAUAAACAGAUCCCAGAAAGCAUCCGCACAGCUAUCUGGCCAGGGGCAGAAUCCUGCAGCUCCUACUUCAGCCUCUGUCUCUAGUGCUAGCUCUGCCUCUCUUCCCAAAUUGGGGUUGUCCCCUCUCCCUCAUGCUAAUCUUCCCGCUCAGGCGUUCCAGCUCAGUCCCUCAGCACUGCACCCAAAUUGUGGCGGUGGUACCCUGCCUUCGAGACUUGGGAGAUCUGAAAGCUCAGUGUCCGACCACAGGCCAUCCGUUUCAACCCCAUCACCUCCCAUCUCGCUAACAAGAACCAAGGAGCCGAUUUCACCUUGUGCACUACCCAUGUCAGCAGGCCCCGAAAAUAAGAAACCCAAGCAAUACAAGACCAAGUCAAGCUACAAGGCUUUUGCAGCAAUCCCUACAAACAUAUUUCUUUUGGAACAGAAGGCACUAGAUGAACCAGCCAAGAAUGAAAGUGUCUCCAAGGACAACACAUUAGACCCACCUCUGGAGUUGUGUUACCCUGCACAGCUCAGGCAGCAAACUGAAGAGCUCUGUGCUACCAUUGAUAAGGUCUUACAGGAAUCCUUGUCUAUGCAUUCUUCUACUUCACCUUCAAGAUCCCUGCAGACAUUAUUGGGUUCUGACACUGUCAAAACUCCUACAACUGUUCCGAGAGCAGCUGGUAGAGAAACCAAAUAUGCAAACCUCUCCUCACCAUCCUCUACAGUAUCUGAGACUCAGCUGACUAAACCUGGAGUAAUUCGCCCAGUACCGGUAAAAUCCAAAAUAUUACUGAAAAAUGAGGAAGAAGUCUAUGAACCCAACCCUUUCAGUAAAUACCUGGAUGAUAACAGUGACCUCUUCUUUGAGCAGCUGAGUCAUCCAAUGGUGGCUAUUCCUGAACAUGAAACUCUUGAUUCCAAAGAGCAAUGAAGUUGGAGCAGAAGCCAAAACCCCAGGCUGCGCUAAAGUUUUUGGAAUGCGGGUGCUAAUUUGCUAGAUUUCAUCCCCCCCCCGCCCCGCCCCCAGAGUCUGAGGGUUCCCUUUAGCAGUGCAGCAGUGGAACUAAAAAAAAAAACUUUCUUGCAAGCAUAUAACAUCUCAAUACUCUCAUAACACCCAGCAUAGGAGAAAUUUACCUCCAGCUUCUUGCACCACUGUUAGCGCCUUUAAUACCUUCUGUUAAGCUGACAGCAGUUCUAACAUGCCCCUAUACUUAGCAGCCAAAUAAAGAAGAAUCAUAGGUAAAUAGAAAAUGGCUGUGACCAUUUUUCAACACCAGUUUUAUUUAAUGCAUACAUGACUUACUGAAUCAGGUUUUAUUCCCUUUUGGCUUUUUUUUUUUCCACAUGUGAAGACAAGGAACAAGUUUUACAAAAAUGAGUCUUUGCCUGCUUUCAGGAGAUGCUAAUAUCGAGGGGUUCAUUUGGGAGGUCCUAGACACGAGAACGUUAGAAUUUCACAUGACACACCCUGUUUUCCUGUACUGUUGGGGUUCUGUGCUGCCCUAUAGACUAUGUAUCGGGGUCAGGCCAGCGAUGUUGAGUGUCGUGUCAUUGGAAUGUCUCUAACAUGACUCUCUCUUCUCCUCUCUCUGUUGCCACAUGAUUCUUGUGGGGACUACUUCAGAGUCAGUUUGUCCUCAUAAUCUUGGGAGCAGCAAAGACAUAGAGCAAAGCCUCACUGUGGUAACAAUUCGGGGAGCCCACUUUCCAGCACACCCAGUUCCCACAUAUUGGCCAUAUCCCAGUAGUCUGUCCUAGUCUUCUAUAAAUGGUUUUCUUCUGCAGCCUUCUGCCCAACUGGGAAGCUUAGGACAAGACACACUAAGGAAGAACCCAUGGCAAUUUGCACAGUGAGCUCCUGGUAGUAGAGGAACCUUAGUGAAGGCUGAUUUCCUCACCCCUUGCACAUAACCCAUGUUCCUCUUGAAGUCAGCUGUGUCUGAGCCAUAGCUCCCCCAGACAACUGCUUCUCCUCCCCAUCAUCCCACCUAGAGCAAAGCCGAGAGAGUUGCCUACAGAAGAGUAACUGGCCUUCUUUAUUCUUCGCCCACCAUUUUGGAUUGCUUCAUGGUCAGUCAUCAGUUGGCUCCUAGAAAUAUAAAAUUGUUAUCUCAAUUAGUGGGUGAGGAAUAAUGAAGCCUUAGCAGAGUUCUCUGCUCAUCUCUCCUCCUCCAAAUAAAAACUGCUCCAUCAACCUGCUAAAUUGUGUGAGGCAUCACUUUAGAUUAUUGGUAAUAAUCUCUAGUGUUCCCUGUGCUCUUAUCACAGGCCAGACAUCACACCAGUGCUUCAUGUGAAUUUAAUUUAACCUUCACAAUGAGUCUGUGAUGUAGAUAAUAUUAUUAUUCAUAUUUUAUGUUUAUAAGUAUAGGCUCCAAAGGUUAAAUCAAGCUAGUAAGUGAUACAGGCAGAAUUCAAAUCCAGACAAUCAGAUUCUAAGACCAAGCCUUUUAUUCAAUCAUUCAUUCAUUCAUUCAUUCAUUUUUUGACUUUGAGUAUAAAAGUUUGAGUUGAUCACACUCCCCAGUGAAGCUUGCUAUUAUAAGUUUGGGCAAAACCCCUCUACCGUGUACUUGUUGACUAGAUGAUUGAUUGGAUGAUUUUUAUAAUAAUUUCUAUCUUGCCUUCUCCUUCUGUAGGCACACAUUUUUGUGAUUUUAAUGUAUAUUCUUUACUCAUAUAUAUUUAAAUGUAAGUAACGUUAUUGUUUAUAUUCCAGGUCUUUUCUUUCUUUUUUUUUUUUCCACUCAGCACUAUGACUUUUAAGCUCUAUCACAUUGCUCUGCAAAUGACUAGUGGAUUGUUUCCUCACCUCCACAUGGUGUACCUCCAUCACAUUUUACCAACCCACCCUCCCCAGUGGUGAUCUCUCAGGCUGCUUCCCUUUACCAGGAAUGGUUGUGAUGUACGUCCUUGCAUGUGCCCCCAUGUGAACCUUGGUGAGAAUUUCUCUGGAAUAUAUACUCAGGAUUAGAAUUGUUUAAUCACAAAUAUGCAUGUACUUAAUCUAAAUCCUCCCAAAUUGCUUGUCUCUAGAAUGUAGGUAUCCAUUUUCAUUUCCAUCAGCAAUGCAUUAGACUCUUAUAUCUUUACAUUCCUCUCUACAUUUGUAGGUCUGAGCUUUGAAACACUAAGUUAUACUGUCAUUAAAGACAACUUUCAGGACGGGAAGUUUGUUUAAACAUGGGGUCCUAUUCCUGCUAAGUU